AUGCAAGAUUUAUCAGUUAACGAUUUCAAUAAAAAUAAUAUAAGUUCUUCAAAUACAUUAUCAAACGUUUUAGCUGUAGCCGAGAAUGUAGAAAAUUCUGAUGUGGAUGAAACUAUUCAAGCAGAAGAAAAAGAAGUUGAAGAAUUAUCAACAGAAUUAAUCGAAAGAAAAGCUAUUGUUUUUGCAAUUCUUAUUCCGUUUUCAAUUAUUGGAGUUCUUAUUCGUAUCGGACUUAUUAAUCUUCAUUCGUAUCCUGGAACACCACAAGGAACGGUUUCAUUAUGGAAAGGGCUGACAACAGGCUUUUGUGGAUCUAUAACAACAUUUUCUUCAUGGAUUCUUUUGAUUUUCAAUGAAUAUACUUCACAGCACAUUCCUCAUCGUAGUGUUGCAUAUAAUGUUCUUGCAUCUCUUGCAGACAUCGGAAUUACAAUAGGAAUGUCCGUGACAGGAUUGAAGUUUGGAGAACAUUUAGCAGAUAUAAUAAUUCCAAGACAUCAAAUUCGUUUGGGAAAAUUAUACAAAAUCGUUCAAAAACCUUCUAAAUUAAAUGAAUUUACUAUUGCGGAUAUUUUAUGUCUUGGAUUCGGAAUUGUUUCUUUUAUUCUUGUUGUUGCUUUAGCCAGUACAGUUCAAGUACAUAGGAAUAUAAUAUUUGCUACUGUAUUCGCUCCAAUAGGAACCUCGAUUAGAUGUUAUUUAUCUAAAUAUAAUACCUUGAAAAAACAUUUUCCGUUGGGAACUUUUGCCGCAAAUUUGUCAGGUUCUAUAGUUCUUGGAAUCUUAUUUCUAUUAAGCAAUGGUAUUGUUUCUUCACAAUUAAGUUGCGAAAUUAUUGAAGGACUUGCUAACGGAUUUUGUGGAUGUCUUACGACAAUUUCUUCUUUUGCCAACGAAAUCACACGGCUUCCAAGAAAACAUGCGUACAAAUAUGCAUUAGUUUCUGUCUUAAUGGGCCAGGUUGCAAUGAUAUUAACUAUUGGAAUUUAUCAUUGGACUAUAGGCUUAUCUUCUACUUCGACUUGUAAUUGA